AUGGCUGGCAAGCUUCAGGUGACGAAGGCGCAAGCGGUGGCGGACGAUGAGAAGCGUCCUCUUCUCAAGGACAUACAUGUGUCUGUGAAUCGCCACGAUCCUUCUUCUAGCGCGCUCUCGGGCCUGGGCGACCGGUACCCGUCUCAGGAUGCAACUUGCAUCUCCUCGGCUCUCUUCUCGUGGGUGACGCCGCUCAUGGAACUGGGCAACCAGCGUCCGUUAGAGCACGACGAUUUGUAUCUUCUAGACCCAGCCAACCGUGCGCACGAGGUGUCUACAGAUUUCCAGGAGGCCUGGAAGAAGCAGUGCAGCAAACCCGGCAGCAAACCCAGUCUAACCUGGACUCUGGCAUCUUGUUUCGGUGCGCAGAUCGCCAAGGCUGGUCUGCUAAAGCUGAUCCAUGACUCUCUACAAUUCGUAGGGCCUAUGUUGAUCAAAGAGAUCAUUGCCUAUCUUCAGAACCCAGACGCUCCUCUGAGUGAAGGUCUUGUCUAUGCAGGCAUUGUGUUUGUGUCGGGCGUGAUGCAAUCAUUCCUGUUGAGAAACUACUUCUUCCAUUGCUUUGAGGCAGGUAUGAGAGUGAGGUCCGCUGUGUGCACUGCAGUGUACACCAAGAGCUUGGUGUUGUCUGCUGCGGCGAGACAGAAGAAGACGACGGGAGAGAUCACGAAUCUCAUGAGCAUCGAUGCCCAGAGACUACAGGAGCUCUCGACGUAUAUCAACAGCGUGUGGUUCUCCAUUUUCCAGAUUGUGGUGGCCUGUUAUUUGCUGUGGAAGCAGAUCGGCCCCGCCACGUUCGCUGGUGUGGCUGUGAUCAUCUUGAUGCUACCAGUCACUGCGGGGAUUUCGAAGCUGAUGCGACGAUUGCAGCUGAAGCUUAUGGAGGUGAAGGAUGAACGGAUCAAGAUUUGCAACGAAGUGUUAGCUGGCAUGAAGGUGAUCAAGUUGCAAGCGUGGGAGCACUCGUUCACCAAGCGCGUGCUGGAGUACCGAAGCGAGGAGCUCAGUAAGCUGCGUACGUACAUUUACGCGCGUAGUGGAUCCAUGACGCUCUUCUCGGCGAUACCGUCGCUUGUUACAGUGGCAAGUUUUUACACCUUUGUUAAGCUGGGCAACACGCUGGAUGUGGGCACUGCGCUGACGUCGCUGGCGCUGUUUAAUAUUCUCCGUUUCCCACUGUUCAUGCUGCCACAAGUGCUGAACUCGAUUGUCGAGGCUAGUGUGAGUAUUGACCGCUUGAGAUCGUACUUCCAGGAAGAGGAACGAGAACAGGUGGGGCCUGGAGAUCUCGACGGCGUGGGUGUUCGUGUGAACAACGCUGAUUUCAUGUGGGACACAGCACCAAAGACGUCGCCAACUUCAGACGCUUCGACAGUAUCGAAGGAAGAGGACAGCUUGUUGCAGGAGGACUCGAUCUUGGACAAGGAAGCCUUGGGAGGGGACAGUCUGCCUGUUCUGCAGAGUGUAUCGUUGGAAGCUCGUCCCGGUGACCUGAUUGCUGUGGUUGGUCACGUGGGUGCCGGUAAAUCAACGCUUCUUAGUGGAAUUCUGGGCGAUGCCCGAUGCAGUCGCGGUGACGUGAGUCUACGGGGAUCUGUGGCCUAUGUUUCGCAGCAGCCGUUCAUUCAGAACGCUACUGUUCGUGAGAACAUUUGCUUUGGCCUCCCGUUUAACGAGGCGAAGUAUGCCGAGGCGCUACGUGUUAGCUCUAUGCAGAAGGAUCUGACUGUGCUGCCAGGAGGGGAUAUGACGGAGAUUGGCGAGAAGGGUAUUAACCUCAGUGGCGGACAGCGCACUCGUGUGGCUCUCGCUCGCGCUGUGUACCAGGAUGCCGAUAUCUAUCUGUUGGACGACAUUUUGUCUGCUGUUGACAGCCACGUUGGCCACGACAUCUUCAAGGAAUGCAUCAAGACUUGCCUCAAGGACAAACUUGUGGUGCUUGUUACGCAUGGCUUGACGUUUCUGAGCGAGUGUGGCAAGAUUGUGGUGCUGGAAAACGGUGUGAUUAUGGAGAAUGGCUCCUACGAAGACCUGAUGGAGAAGGAUGGUGGCCUUCUCAUGGAUCUUGUGGCGAAGUACAAAGACCAAGACGCACAGCAAGAUUCUCCCACGAUUGAAGAUGAAAUCUCGGUGGAUGAGUUGGAAGAGGAUGAAGAAGACAACCCGACGCCUGAACGUCUUGCUCGGAGAAUGAGUCGCUCGUCUGUGCGCAGUGAGCGUUCGCUGAGUGAAGCAGGUAUGGAAGCGCAGCUGAUGACCGACGAGGAUCGAUCUGUGGGCGACGUGGCGUGGCAAGUUUACAAGACCUGGAUCAUGGCGUUCGGCGGUAUUUUCGCUGGUCUCGUCGUGAUAGUCAUCUUCAUCGCCACUCAGUUUGUUAACCUGCUGUCGACAUGGUGGCUUUCGUUCUGGUCGGAGCACUCUCAACCUAAGGACGGCCCUGCCGACAAGGAGUCAGAGAUGUUUUACGUGUACAUCUACAUGGCUCUUAAUCUGGUAUACGCUGUGGCUCUGUACAUCCGUGCUAUUACGACCUACAAGGGCGGUUUGCGUGCGAGUAAGUCGCUGUUCCAGAACCUUCUUGCUCGCAUUCUACGUGCCCCUACUUCGUUCUUUGACACGACGCCUACCGGUCGUAUCGUCAACCGUUUGUCCAAGGACGUGUACACCGUUGACGAGAGCAUUCCUGCCACUUGGAGUAUGCUCCUCAAUACGUUUAUCAGUGUGUUGGUGACGCUCGCGACUAUCUCGUAUGUGACGCCGAUCUUCAUGGUCAUUCUGUUGCCUGUACUGGUGGGGUACUACAUUUCACAGCGAUACUUCAUCAAGUCGUCGCGUGAACUGCAGCGUUUGGAUUCUAUCAGCCGUUCUCCCGUGUUUGCUUUGCUGUCCGAGACGUUGGACGGCUUGCCGACGAUUCGUGCCUACCGUGCGGAGACCCAAUUUUCGACGAAGAAUGAGGAGUUGAUCGACCGAAACCAGCGCGCUUACUUUCUUAACUUUGCAGUCAAUUGCUGGCUAGCGCUUCGUCUCGAAUUCGCAGGUACGCUUAUUGCAGCCUUUGCUGCUUUAACUGCCGUGUUGGCGCACAGUUCAGAUCCAGAACGCGGAGCAGCUUUCGCUGGUCUUGCAGGCGUCUCUCUUACGUACGCGUUUAGCGUCACCCAGUCGCUUAACUGGUCUGUUCGGAUGCUCAGUCAGCUUCAGACGCAGAUGGUUUCAGUCGAGCGUAUCAAGAACUACACCGUCAUGGACGUGGAAGCAGAGCUCACUAGUGUGGGUAAGCUUCCUCCGGCUCAAGAGUGGCCUUCAGCUGGAGCUAUCGAGUUCCGCAAUGUCAAUCUGCGAUACCGUCCCGGUUUGCCGCGUGUAUUGCGUAACUUAUCGCUCUCGAUCCGCCCUCAGGAGAAGAUUGGAAUUGUGGGUCGCACAGGUGCUGGCAAGUCGAGCCUCGUUGUGGCUCUUAUGCGUCUGGUGGAGUUGGACAGCGGCUCUAUUGUCAUUGACGGGCUGGAUAUCAGCACCAUCGGACUGCACGAGCUACGCAACAAAAUCUCCAUCAUCCCGCAGGACCCCGUACUCUUCUCAGGAACGGUGCGCAGCAACGUUGAUCCGUUUGACCAGUACACGGACGAGCAGAUCUGGACGUCACUACGUCGAGCUCACCUCGCGCAUGUGGUGUCGGCGCUGGAUGGCCCUGUGGAUGAGAAGGGCUCGAAUUUCAGCGUGGGUGAACGGCAACUACUGUGUAUUGCUCGAGCGUUGCUCAAGCGCUCCCGUAUCAUCCUCAUGGACGAAGCCACCGCGUCCAUCGACACGGAGACAGAUCGUAAGAUCCAACGCAGCAUCCGCGAGGAGUUCCGGGACUGCACUUGCCUCACGAUCGCGCACCGUAUCAAUACGAUCCUCGACGCAGACCGCAUCUUGGUUAUGGAGCGUGGGGCAGUUGGAGAAUUCGAUACUCCCAAGGCGCUACAGAAGAAGCAGGACGGCUUGUUCAAGGCACUUGUGGAGCACUGGAAGAACGAAGUGUUUGACCAUGCAACGUUGAAGUGGAAGUGUGCCAUUCCUACUAAGACGAGGAUUGAAACGCGUUUUGGCAAGGGGUUCAACAUCGUGGAUACUCGUGAGGGUAGUUUUAAGGAUUCAUCGAUGGUGUUGUCCACUGCAUAUGACAACGCAGCUGAAGGAAGAAUAUUCGAGUCAAAAACCUCUAAACCAGUCCGAGUUCUAGACCUUCGAGGUAGUCACGUUGAUUUGGAGAUCGUGACACAACUCAGUCGAGAACUCACACUCAGCUAUAAUGUCAUCGGAGAGAUCGGAUCAACCGCGUUAGCCAAAGCUUUAGCGACGAACUCGCGUCUUCAAGUGCUUGAUUUAAUGCACAACCGGAUCGGUAAAGACGGCAUCACUCCAUGGCUAGGGGAUACCAUGCGCGUCAACUAUGCACUCCGCGAACUCAAACUCAGUCAUAAUGCGAUCGGAGACCAGAAAACCGCUGAGCUACUUCAGUCAUUAGCACCAAAACCUUUAACGGAGGAAGAAAAACUCAAAGCUUGCCUUGCCAAUCGAAGACACACGACAAUGCCCCAUAAAUCGCCAGAGGCUCAAACAGAUAGCGAACCGUUCAACUCAACAUUGAGAUCUUUAUUGCUAAGCAACACUGGCAUAUCGGACGAGGCUUCGACACAUCUUGCGCAUAUGCUGAGCCACACGCGAUCUCUGACGCACUUGGACAUCUCCUGCAACAAUUUCACAAGUGAAGGAAACGUGAAUAUUGCUCAAGGGAUGCAGCGAAAUGCAACCUUACGAUAUCUGAAUUAUCGUGAGAACAAACUGGAUGAAGUAGCAGCUCUUGCAAUUCUACGUGCGCUCAAAACUUGUUCCUUUCUGGAGACUGCUCUCUUUCAAGACUGCUUUGGAGGUGAAUCGACUGUGGGAAGUGCAUUAGGCCAGCUCCUGAGUACUGCAGACUCGCUUGUUUCCCUCGAUUUGAGCCACUGCUCUUUAGAACCUCCUGGCGUUGUAGAUUUCUACUACGCUCUCGCUGAGAAUACCAGUCUUCGUAGUAUUGAUCUGACGUGCUCAGGUCUCAAAUCGGACAGCGCCGCAGGAAUUCUGGCAAAAUCACUUCAACAAAACUCCACGUUGACAUUUAUCAAUCUAGCCUACAACGAAAUCACCUUACGAGGGUGCAAAGUACUUCGAGAUGGCGUUGCAGGUCGAAGUGAAACGGCAGCUCGACUGGUCAUGUCGUUAGAAGGCAACUCGGGUGAAAAAUGCCCCACUGGCACCGUUAUCACGGGCGGAACGCGACCUGUGAGGCCACAGCUCGUCAACUAG